AUGGGGCUCCUCGACCAGCUCUGGGACGAAACGGUCGCCGGCCCGCGGCCGGACCACGGCCUCGGCAGGCUCCGCAAGUACUCCUCCUUCUCGACCUCCACCCCGGCGGCCGCGGACGUCGCGCCGGCGGUGACCCGCAGCAUCACCAUCGCCCGGCCACCGUCCCUCUCUCUCCCGUCCGGCGAAUCAAACUCCGUGCCGUCAUCACCGGCCAGUGGGCCGGACUCUCCGUUGGCAGCAGCUACCAGUAGCACGGCGAGGGUGGACGGCUGGAGGGCGUUCCGCCCGAAAUCCAAUAUGGCCAACGUCGACGUCGUCCAGGCGGAGGCCACCGUCGGGCCCAGGAGCCCCACCGUGUACGACUGGGUGGUGAUCAGUUCAUUGGACCGAUGA